UUGUGACAGUCACGGAUGGAGCCCGUGAAACAGCAUGCGAAACUAGACUGAAAGCAGUCAUUUGCGUUUGAAAUAUUUGUAUGCGCAUGAGUUUGAAGUUAACACAUGCAGCUUUUGUGACAGCUUUACAGUUUUGAUGCUUCUUUCUGGGAACGGUUGUAUUUUUUACGAGGAGCACCUGAAGGCAGCACUUCUCCAAGGGACAGUGCAGCUAAAGUUGACUUAUAGCGGUAACACAUGCGAAAAAAUAGCCUUUAUUUAAACCUUUUUAGGUCAUUUUCAACACUAUGAACUUAUAUCCGAAGCAGGGACAUUAUUUUACUCGGCAAAGUAGCGAAUAGCCCGUUUUUUAAAAAUUUAUCUGGUAGUAGGAGUGUUUUGUUUUCUAAAAGUUAAGCAGCGGUUUAUUAGUUUGCUAAAAAUGCCAACAGAAGUAAAGCAGAGGAAGAAAACUCAGAAACUAAAUGAUGAACUGACGGAAACCGCAAAAGACGAAGCGCAGAAAGUGAAGACAGAAGAAGAGACGGGAGGAAACAAAGCGUCUUCAGGUCUGGACAUUAAAAGUGUGAUGUGUUUAAUGUCGCUUGCUGCUUGCGGAGCUUUGAGCUGGAUGGUGCUCCAGCAGAAUGAGAGGUUUUCCCAAAUUGAAGAAAAGUACAAAUCACUGCAUGGAAAAGCUUCCAGUCUGUUCGACAUGGAGGAGGAGAUUGUCAGAGUUUCUAAAAAGCUCGCCGCCUCUGAGGACGACCUGCAGGCGGCGCUCGCCACCGUCUCCUUGGCAACAAGACUCCGGCAGGACAUCUCCACCCUCCACGCCGCCGUCAUGGCGAUGCAGGCCGACGAGAACUCCGCCUCCCGGGACCUGCAGACGGUCAACGCCCACUUCCUCAACGUGACGGAGACGUGGCAGCAGCGGCUGGCCGUCGUCACCUCAGACCUGGCUGCCCUCAAGGCCGAGUCCAGGGAGGCUCACGCCGGAGCCACUGAGCGGGUGAACGAGGCCGAGCGGAGGGCCCGGUCGCUGGCCGAGAGGCUGGAGGAGCUGGAGGACAGCACCAAGAGGAACACUCGAGCUCUGGAGCGCACAGAGGAGGACGACGCCAAGCGAGCGCAGAGUCAGCUGGACUGGAACACCAAACAGAUCCACAAGCUGGAGGAGCUGAUCGGCAGCCUGAGCAAGAGGGAGGCUGAGCUGAACUCUCAGCUGCAGGAGCACAUUCCCCGAGCACAGCAGUGUGAAGAGCACCUGCCGCAGGUGGAGGAGGCGGUGCGCUCCAUCCUCAGGCUGGGCGGAGAUCUGAACGCGGCGGAGAAGAGGCUGGAGGAGGUGACCCUGCAGGUGUUCGGGACCGAGGACAGCAUGCUGAAAGCGUUGAACGAAAUCCUCGAGAUCAGGCAGGAGCUGGACACUCUGCAGGCUCACAACAGCAUCCUGAAGAUGAAGAAUGAAUUGUCCGUGGUUAAAGAGGCGGUCCAUGAACUCACCAUGGUGUUGAGGGAAAGUAGAGUGGACAGCCAAGGGGACACUGACACUCUGGAGGAAGAGGGAUGGAAAUACGAAGACGAGGAGGAGAUGUGGGAAAAAGAUGAGCAGGACGAAUCAACUCAACCUCUUCUAGAUGACUUCACUGAAUGAUGUCAUUGUUUUGUCAGCUAGGGAGAAGGAGUAGCGAUGUCAUGUCUUAUUAUGUGCUGUAAAAGCCUUAAAUGAAGUUUAGUAUAAAAGUUUUGCUACGUUUGUACCUCAGUUUAAUGUCAUUGUGAAAGUUGUCAACAUGCACUGUAGUACAGCACAGACAUUUAACUUCCUGUACCAUUUUUAUAAAACACACUCCAUUACUCUGUAGCUGGCCAUUUGCAGUUUUAUAACAAUCACUGCAGAUCUUUACAGAAAUAAUUAAUUAGCUCAUUAGAUGAUAGACAGUCUCUUAUUUAAUGUAUCACGUAAACAUUGUCCAGGUGAUGCUCUGUUUUUUUGUCUUAUUCAGUCGUAAACUGAAUAUAUUUAUGUUUCGAAGUGUUGAAAAUUAGUGUUUUGAUGGCAUGUUAGGAAGUUGUAAAUGGCAUUGUCUUAAUGUCCAGACACAGACAUACAAAUAUGAAGAAAAUGAUUAAUCAGAGAAAAGCAAUAAUUAACAUCAUCAUUAGUUGCAGCUCUUCAGCUAAAUAUCCGAGUGGCUUUUGUAAAUCUGAAAAUUAAUCGACACAUUUUUGAUAUCUUUCACAUUUCCAUCUGAUAUUUGUUUCCACCACAGCAUGGAGUUUAUUUAAUAAAAUCACAUUUUUUAUACA